AUGGGUCUCCUCUCAAACAGGAUUGGGAAGGAGAGCCUCAAGGCGGGGGAUCACAUCUACUCCUGGAGGGCCGCGUGGGUCUACGCGCAUCACGGAAUAUAUGUGGGUGAUGAUAAGGUGAUCCAUUUUACAAGAAGUGGCCAGGAGGUUGGAACAGGAACUGUCGUUGAUAUUCUUCUUGUGAGUUCUGCCCCAAAGCGAAGCAACACGCCUUGUCCGGUAUGCACCAACGAAAUCAGUGACACCAGCACAGAGACAAACGGUGUGGUAUCCUCUUGCCUCAGCUGCUUCCUAGCUGGGGGUGCCCUUUACCGUUUCGAGUAUGCAGUCAACCCAACGCUCUUCCUUGCCAAAGCACGAGGAGGAACGUGCACCCUCGCGCACUCUGAUCCUGACGAUACGGUGAUUCGCCGUGCCAAGUACUUGCUGAACAAUGGUUUCAGGUGCUACAAUCUGUUCAAGAGCAACUGCGAGGACUUUGCGAUAUACUGCAAGACUGGCCUUCUUGUGGCUGAGCGCGGUGUUGUUGGGCAGAGCGGGCAGGCUAUCUCCAUCAUCGGUGGACCUCUUGCUGCAGUGGUCUCAACCCCGUUCCGCUUGGUUACCACAAAUAUCUAUGGAAUGGCAGUGAUGGCCGUCGGGGUGUACUGUGCAAGCAGGUAUGCAGCUGAUAUUGGCAACCGCCGUGACGUGGUGAAAGUGGAAGUAGAAGACCUGACGGCCGGAUUGGCCAGCGGCAGGAUACGUGCUGUGGAGAACAUCGCUCAGCUGGUGGCUCCGGCGGCAGAAAGCCCAGCCACGGCCACACUGGCUGCUUAA